UCCAUGUUUUAACCCAAUGUUCUUAGUUUUUUUCCUUGCUAAGAUAUUAAAUCACUUUUGACAGUUAAAUCACUUAGGCAAAUCAAUCACGUGCCACAUAAUUAGGAAAAUAAAGUUGUUUAAAUUGUUUGUUAAUGACUAAUCCUAAUAUAUAAAAGGCCAUGUGCGCUCUUCUCGCCCUCUCUCUGUCCGCAAAAUAUUUUCGCCGGACAUCACGUCAGAAUCGGCAGCGAUAUAUGGAUACCGAUAUACGGACUUUUGUUGAAAAUAAUAUGUUAGAUGUUUUAAAUGUAUAACCACAAUUUUAUUUAAAGAAGAAAAAUAAAAAAAUAAAGGUGUAUUCGAAUGUAGAAAAACAAUUUUAAUUAUGCAACAGGAAAAGCAUUUAUAGAUGUGAAAAAGAACGCAUAAAACUGUGACGUCACUAAUGUUUAUACAUAAACUAAUGACGUCAUCUGUCAUGUUUAGAAUAAAAAGAAAUGAACUAUUUCAUUCAAAUUUGAUUUAGAUCUACGUACACUAUGAAAUGUAUACAAUACAAUUUUUCCGGCCUAAACUCAUAAAAUUUAUUUUAUUUAUUUGGAUUCUAGAUCUAGAGAUUCUAGAUCUAGACUAGAUCUAAAUCUACGCAAUAACUAGACGUAGACGCUAAGAUCUAGAUCUAGAUUUAGACUCUAACUACUCUAGAAUCUAUUCCAAAAAUAAAUUUCUAUAUUAGGACUAAACUAUUUCAAGACUUAAUUAUUUUAUACAAAAUCUUUGUUUGGAACUGAAUAAUUUGGGAUAAAAAAAUUAAUUUGAAAGAAUAGGCAUAUUCGCGAGAAAUGAGAACUACAUCUGGUCGUUCAAACAUGUGGCAGAUUGUUCUCCUCACCCUCUGGCUCAAACAGUGGGCUCACAUCCAGGCUAGUGGUGUGCCCGUCAGACUUGUGGAGAUGUGUGCCGAGGGUCAACACUUCUCAUCACUGACCGGAAGUUGCCAGCCGUGCUCCAGGUGUGACUACUUCUCCGUGCAGCUCAGGGCAUGCACGCGCUCGACCGACACCACCUGCCUCAGGUGUUUGAGUGACACAGGUGUCAGGCGUCAGACGUUUUCGCACCCCAAGUGUCUCAAAUGUCCACCCUGUAGACCUGGGGAGUUUGUCCUGACCUCCUGUACGUCCGCUGAAAAGACAAAGUGUGCCCGGUGUCCCCGGGGCUCCUACAGUGUCAUGUCCUCCUACUCCCCCUACUGCGCCCCGUGUACUGACUGCGGCAACAGGGAAACCCUGCAGAACUGUACAGGCAAGCAGGACACAGUCUGUGGUCAGUGUAAGCCAGGAUUCUACAAAGAUUUUUCCCUGAACAAAUGCAACCGGUGCAUGUCUUGUCUACCAGGUGAGCCACACCUGGCUGAGUGUGCAGGUGGUGCAGACGGUAGACUCUGUUCGGGCAUGUUGCUGCACCAGUGGAGGCAGAGAAACAUCAUAGAUUCCGGUGGGUUCAGAUCCAAGCAAGAAGUUGUGAUUGCGCAUGUCAGCACCAGCACCCAACCGUCUACCGUCUGGACCACAAACUUGACCACUCGACUGACCAGUGACCACAACCUCCUGCAGACAGACAUAGCUCAGGUGAUCCUCAUCUCUCUCGUCUGCUUCAUGCUCUCCACAAUGCUGGUCAUUAUGAUAUGCAAAUUAUAUCGCAAGAUCCAGGCCAUUGGUCGAGGCUGCCCACGUGACCAGAUACUACAACCAGCGGAAGUAAACAAACAGGCGCAGUGGACGCUGGGACCAAAGGCCGUUAAUAUAAUUUAUAUAGGCCCGGCUCAAUGUAAAAACAACUCUCGACCUAUGAAUGAGCUAAUUUUAGAAUCCAUGACAAACCACGUUUGAUCGUGACGACUGUAAGAUCUGUUUGUUGGUUCAUCUUUCAUUCCCACACAGCAUGCAGUUCGAUACAUCUGGAACCUCGGGCCAUCGCUUCACGUCUGGCCAUCGCUUCAGUCUAGACGUCUGGCCAUCGCUUCAGUCUAGACGUCUGGCCAUCGCUUCAGUCUAGACGUCUGGCCAUCGCUUCAGUCUAGACGUCUGGCCAUCGCUUCAGUCUAGACGUCUGGCCAUCGCUUCAGUCUAGACGUCUGGCCAUCGCUUCAGUCUAGACGUCUGGCCAUCGCUUCAGUCUAGACGUCUGGCCAUCGCUUCAGUCUAGACGUCUGGCCAUCGCUUCAGUCUAGACGGAGACUUGUGCCCUGUCAGUUUACAAAUUACAUGUCAGCUAGAGGAGAACACACCGCUAGCCUUAAGCUAGCAUAAGCUAAAAUACUACUAAUUGUAGCCAAGCUGAAGGUUUAAGCUAAAAUUAGGCUGCUGGUAUGGCUGCAGCUAUGAUUGCUGUCAAUUUAGUCAUAGUUUGCGUUGGAUUUAUUCUCAUGAAUUAGCUGCUUAAUAUCUCACGUCUGACAAUAUAUCAUGCUAAAUGUCAUUGCAAUAUAGUAAACAGUUCAACAAAAAUGUCAUGUCCAUGAUCACGUGAUAUUUACACCUUCGAUUGGAAGGGGCAGGGGGGGGGUAGGAAAAUAAUCUUUAAAAAUGUAAAACACAUGAAAUUACGAAGGGUCACUACGGGUCAACAUCGAGAAAUCAAGGAGACACUGAAUACGAUUAGCCGUACCAUCUAGGUCAUCUAAAACACGCAAACAUUUUAUAAACUAGUGGUGUUAUGGUGUGGUGUGUGGUUUAAUGUGUGGUGUCGUAAGAUUUAUGGUAGUUUGUGGUGUGUGGUGUCGUAAGAUUUAUGGUAGUUUGUGGUGUUACACGUCUUAAAGUAUCUUUGAAUGUUUUAUCCACGGCUUUGUUGAUAGCACUGCCCACGUGACUAUAUUAGUCAUGUUAGCCAUGUUAAUUAGAACGCUUGUUCUAAUUCCAAAUAAUCAGCUUCUAAUAAAAUUGUUGUACCCGUUUAUUGCUUGAGGCGGCUUGUGAGAAGUUUGUGGAAAAUUUUGUAGCUAAGAUUUGAUUGGCCCUUGGUUUUCAAAUGUUUCAGAUAAAAACGUGUGCCAACUUCGAUGGUCAAGAACUUCAAAGAUAAUUAAUCAGGUCACUGAACUAAUUAGUUCCACCAGCUGUGAGGGAUGCUUGAGUUGGAGAGUCUGAUGUUCAUUGAGUCUGGCAUCCACCACUCAAGUCACUGAUUCCACCUGGCCUGUUCUAAACUUUAGACACAAUUUUCUGGCCCUAACUGAGCUAAUUUUAGCCGAGGGAAACCGUAAUAGGAAGUUUAUUUUUAAAAAGCGGGAAAAUUUUCUCCACGACUUUGGGAAGUUAAAAACAAAAGCGAGAAAAUAUUUCGUGCUGUUCACAUGCGCACUUCAAUAACAUUUUUUUGUAGCCUUGAGGCUGUUUAUAUCCGCUGUAUGUGCUGGUUGUAUGUACUAAAUGAAUGUGCUACCUGUAUGUGCUACCUGUAUGUGCUAUCUGUAUGUAUAAGUCACCAAUGAUUGUUGAUUUAAUCACCCAUGAUUAUUGAUUCAAUUACCCAUGAUUGUUGAUAAGAACCACAAACAAUAAAAUAAAUUUACAUUUUAUAACAGUACAA